AUGUCUCAUAUACAAAGAGUCAAGACCCUAUACAAGCUCAUAUUAAAACUACACAAAGGUCUGCCCCAAGAGUUUCAAAUUAUUGGAACCAAUUACACUAGAGACGAAUUUAGAAGACAUAAGACUUGCACCCCACCUGAGGCAAAUAUUUUCAUGAAUGAAUGGACAAAUUACGCAAUAACUCUAGCUAAACAAUUAGGAGUGAAAAAUGAAACCGAUAAAACUAAAUUUGGUGAUGAACUUCCCACAGAGAUACUGGAAAAUUUACGUGACGAACAAAUUGUACAAUUAUAUGAAUUAAUGGAGGCUGCAAAGGCACCAAAAAAUUUCAGAGUUGACCAGAAAAGCUAG